AGUCAACUAUUACGCAUAUCAGUUCUUGAUAUAUGCCAAACCGAUACCAAAGAAAGUUUAUGGUUUUCCAGCAGACGAAAAUUUAAUUGGAUACCUUCGGCCAGUACAACCCAUUAUCCAUCUGUUGACAUUUAAAGAUAUAAAUAAUAUCAUUUCGCUAAUAACUGUCAUGUGUCCAAAAGCCAAACGUAACGUUUUAGACAUAUUAGCGAAACCAGCAAGCAAAUUUAUCACUGUCGGAAACUUAAAACCUAAACAGAGACAUGACUUCAACAUAUGUGAGAAACCAACAAAUAAACAAUCACAUGGCAUAUUUGAACACAAAAUAUCUAAAGUGCCGCAGAUUUUCAAUCUAAGCCUUGAAGACAAGCGCGUGACUAACAUCACAACAUCAGCAGACGAUGAAAAUGUAUUUGCAGACGACAGGCAACAAACGGGAAACAUAUUUGAGAAGUCAACAAAUAAACAACCGCAUGACGUGUUUGAACAUCAAGUAUCUGAAGUGCCGCAGAUAUUCAAUCUAAGCCUUCAAAAUGAGCCCAUGACUGAAAUCACAACAGCAGACGAUCAAAAUGUGUUUGCAGACGACAGUCAACAAACGGGAAACGAGAAGAUGAUUGACGAGUGGGAUGAUAUAGGUUCGUUUGGGAUAAUGUCCAUCUAUUGUAACAGUGAGAUUCAUUCCGGGUAUGCCAGAGUAUCAGCAGACGAUACAACCGGAAGUGUCCAACUGAAGUAAAAAGAGAGAACAAAGUUAUUAUAUGACAAUCUGUUAUUUUUUAACGUAAAGAAUUACGAUGACAGCAAGAUCAUCA